AGGUGGCGGGGGGACGGCGGCGACGGCAACAGCAGCAGCAGAAGCCGGCGGCCUCCCCUCCCCGGCGGCCUCCCGAAAGCCAACAGGCCGGCCUUUUGUGCAACGCGUCGGCAGCGAACGCGGCGGCGGUGGUGCCCCCCCCUCUCGCUACCCCGCGCCGCCCGGCCUCCAGCCUGCCCCCGAUACAGAAGCAACCACUCCGGCGCUUUACGCCGCGGACCGCCGCCACGGUGCGCACACACCGCACACGCCCGAACGGCCCCGCUGUUGCGACCGAGGCUUUCGACCCCCACCGCCACCCCUCUUCCACCCCCCCCCCUCCGUCGUGCACCACCGGUGGCGGUGGUGGGGGGCCCCCACAGACAGGCUUCUCCAGUGCGCCACCGAAGGACACAGUGCCGAACCCCCGAGUCGGCUGGUGUAGCCGCCGCCGCUGCCUGCCGCCGCCACUCGUUGAAUGCGCCGGCUACCGCGGCAAGGGGAAUACCCGGCGAGGCCCGUGCGCCCAGUGGUCGCCCUCGUCUUCGCUCGGGCUCCUGACGACGCCGCCGUCGACGCAGCCGCUUGAUUCAUCAGCCGACGCGAGGACGUGCACGGCAGCUGCGGCUAUUCGGCGGCGGCCCCUGACACGGGGAGGCAUCGGCAGCAGGCGCCGUCGGAGCUGCAGCGGCCGGCGGAAGCCGGGCGAUAGCUUAUGCCUCCCUUCGACGCGCCCGCACAGCCGGCCCAUGGAUUCCGAGCAUCGCUGGACAUGGACGUAGCCCACUCGACGACCAACAGCAGCAGCGGUGGUCCCCUUCACGCGCAGCCGCAGUGCCUGCCGGCCGACCUCAGUCUGCCGUCCAAGUCGCGAGCCGUGGCCCCGUCGCCCGCGGCGUUCCUCGGCUUCCGAAAGACCGCGCCGCAUCACUCGACUUCGGCCAUGGCCCCGGCUGCCGCCGCGGCCGCAGCCGCAGCAGCCGCCGCCGGCGGACCCUUCUGCGCCGGCGGCCCGUUCCCGCUGGGCGGUCCGCUGCCCCUGCUGCCCGGUUUCGCCAUGGCGCCGUUCGCGCCCUACCCUCUGCUCUUCCUGGCCGGCGCCAGCGCCGCGGCCCACAAGGAGGCCGCCAGCUCGCAGCUGUCGCCCGCUGCGCCCACCGUGCGCGGCGCCUCGUCGGCCACGAGCACGCGCACGGCGUCGUCCUCGACCUCCAACCACUCCCGACCGCGGGGCAAGUUCGACUUCUCGCGGCUCGCCGAGUCGGCCACUUCGCGCGACGGCGACGCGGACCGGUCCUCGCUCGCCGCCGACGGUCACGAUCGGACGGCGCCCCGGCUCAGUCCGCACCAGCCGCCCUCGAUGCCGCUUCAGCACCACCCGUCGGCCACCACGCAGCGCGGGCUCCUGGGUCCGCCGCCGUCGGCGGGCAGGCCUCCUCCGCCGGCGUUCCCGCUGCUGCCGUCCUACUACUCCCUACAGGGCGCCGUCGGACCCCUGGCUGGAGAACUCUUCGAGCGGAAGCCCGUGCGCGGUCGCGGCGGCUCGUCGAGGCCAAAGAAGGAGUUCAUCUGCAAGUUCUGCCAGCGCCGCUUCACCAAGUCCUACAACCUGCUCAUCCACGAGCGCACGCACACCGACGAGCGGCCGUACACGUGCGACAUCUGCCACAAGGCGUUCCGCCGCCAGGACCACCUCAGGGACCACAGGUACAUCCACUCGAAGGAGAAGCCGUUCAAGUGCGGAGAGUGCGGCAAGGGCUUCUGCCAGUCGCGUACCCUGGCCGUGCACCGCAUCCUGCACCUGGACGACUCGCCGCACAAGUGCCCCACGUGCGGCCGCAGCUUCAACCAGCGCUCGAACCUCAAGACGCACCUGCUCACGCACACGGACAUCAAGCCGUACCACUGCCCCGCCUGCGGCAAGGUGUUCCGCCGGAACUGCGACCUGCGCCGCCACGCGCUCACACACACGCUGGGCAUACCGGAGGACCCGGACCUGGAGAACUCGUGCAACGAGCCGGGCAGCUCUUCGAGCGCCAUCGACAUCAUCGACGAUGACGAUGACGAUGACAGCGACCACCAGCCCGCGGACAUACUCGACGUAGAGAACUGAUACGAGAUACGCACUCGGUCGGGGAACUGUCACGUCCUGCCGGGACGUGCAUGUGCUGUGAGCGCGAAAGGUUGGGAAGGGGGCGAGGACGCCGUGUGUGCAUUGUGACGCGGUGGCUUUACCGCCAAGUGAUGUGUGCUACCCGCGUGUUCUAUAACACGUGCCUGUGGGGUCGCCAGGAAGGUCGGUCGGUGCACAAGCGAGAAGGUCAGCUUCGUUGGCCGCAUUUCGACAGAGACACCGAUUGCGUAGAAUUAUUGCAGUUGGUAUGGCUGUCCUGAAUGAGCUAUAGCGUGUAGUAGAAAAUUUGAGGCAGCGGUGAAAACAUUGCGAACCUGUAGGUUAGCCGGUGCUUGGAUUUUCUUUGAUCAAACCGUCUCAUUUCUCCGAACGACAGUCACUGUUACGAUUAUCGAUUGAGCACGAUUUUUUAUCACAAGUUCGUGAACUAUGCCCCGCUCGAAGUUUUCUAGGAGCGUAACUACUAUCAACUUCUCCAGCGACAAGAUUGAUCACUCGAAUAUGUGCUCUUCGUAUUCCUGCGGUAUCCACCUUCCGCAAGCGCUGCGGCUAAGGAAAAAAGAAAAGAUCACUACCCUUUCUCAACGAACGAGCUGCCACUCUCUCGAAUACAUGGCACCUGACUGUGUAUGACGUGGAACGAUUGGCCUUUGAACGGCUCCCUCAGAAAUUUUUAAAAUCUGUGACCGGCUUGGGUUGUUAGCCACUGAUGUCACUCAUCGUACAAUGACCAGUCACGCUAUACAAAAGUCAUAUUCAUUAAUGGCACGUUCCUUCGUCAAUGACGAAGGGUGCAUGUUGAGAAAUUCGCGAUCAUCCCCACCUGAAUGAAUCACCUGGACUUCGACGUCUGCGGAUUCCUUCCGACACGUAUACCACCGCUUUCCGGCCGUCCCAGCCUGCCCAAUAUAUGUGGCCUGUGUUUCUUUUUGGAACGUUCGUGCAAGAGUGAGUGUUGGCCAAAACUUGGUGAAACACAGUGAAGUGCUGCGAUACGUGCUCCACGUUGAUCGGACUCAUUGCGCGAGGCAGUCGCCGACAUCCCGACUGUGAAAAAAUAGGACCCGUGAGUGAUGAACAAGCGGCGUCGGACGCUUGUCGUCCGCAUUAUCUGAAUGAUUCGCAAUGUGCUAUUGUAUGUAUUUCCCAUUGCACCAAUGUUUCCAAGUGGAAAUAGUCUUCGAGGGAAACGUAGACCCUGUGUCUGAUAAUUUGGGGCUCCGUUUUCGUUGUUUGCUUUCUUAAGCUUUCCUUUAUUUCCUUGCUUUGCUAUGAACAUACAUGUGGGACUAGCCAGUGAGCCGUCAGCGACAGUGGCGUUAAGUUAUUGGUUACCGUAUUUAUAACCUGAAUCUUCCAGGCUGAGUUAGUUCCCAGUGAUCGCGCGGUGCUGACAGUGCAAUAUACCUGCGAGCGUACUGCAGGAAAUUAAUUGGUUACGACGUUUCCGGCUCAUCGGUUACACGUUAUAAUACUUCGCGGUUAAUGCCGUGCUGUGUGUGUUAUGUGCGUUCGCUAUAGGUUGCAGCGGGCCGCUGAAAGUGUUGCUGGCAAAUGCUAUGGAUGCGGAACGCUUUUCUGUACAUGCCAAAGAUUUCGUAGAAUGAACGGUAAAAGAGAAUUUCGCGGCGAAAACCCAGACUGUGAUUAAUCGCCCGAAAUAUGCACCUGAGAAGGUAUCGUAUUAUCUCGAACGCAUGACAAAAUGAGGCAAGCCGGCGUAAUAAUGUAUAGCAAACGCAGAGGGUAAAACUCUCUGGUGUGUGUGUGCGUGUGCGCGUGUGUGUGUUUCGAACCGUGUGUGCUGAGUAAGCCGGGGUGGGGAUCCAAUCUACUUAACCACCGAGUGAAGUUAUGGUGCCCAUCCGACGAACAUAAGACACGUAAAUAAAGUAAGGAAUUCAGCACCAAAGCUUUUUCACUGCGUACAGAUGGAUCCUUCUAUAACUGUGAACAACCACCGAGGGUCAAAUGUACCCCUGCCAUCGCCACGUGUUCCGAAUACGCGGUGAAGUAUUCGGCAGCACCUUCAGGUGAACCCAGAUGUCAAAGUUCUGUCUGACCCAGGUAAAAAAGAAAUCGAGCAAGCUAAAUCCGCCUACGGUUACAUCGGCCGCACGUGCUACGUCGAUCUUUAAGCUGAUGACCACAUUAUGCCGUCUGAGCACACAACGGAGGUAUACCAGGAAAUGUACAAUUGCGCAACUGAAGCAAUGGAAGCUGUGACACUCGCUCAUGCUUUAUAAGUAGCUCAGGCGAAUCACGUGACAAGCCUGUGGAAGGUAAGCAGACGCCGUCAGCUUGCUGUUCCACGUACGCGCCCCGUAGAUGUUCAAGCAAACUCGAAAAAUCCCUUGCAACGAGUAAAGCGACAUAAUAUAACACUGUUUUAUCAUCUGCACCUUCUCCAUGACUGAAAUAUGGACCAUCUCAAAGUAGCUUUUUUUUUCUUUCUUUCUAUUUUUCAAUAUUUUGGGGAGGUUAGUCGCGUUUGAGAGCAAUUACAGCGUGCAUCCUCGAGUUGUCGUGCAAUUCGCGAAGUCUCAUCGAAAAACAUGAGGCACUCAGCAUGCAUCGUUCGCCUGAGCAGGCUGACGAAAAACGCAAUUCGGAAAAGAGCCGGGAGGAAUGGUGGUCACUUUCAACUAGUGUCAAUCAGCCAGCGCAUGCUUACGGCAAAAGCACCAGGAGUAAGUGUAUGUUGCGUGUGUGUGUGUGUGUGUGUGUGUGUGUGAGAGAGAGAGAGAGAGAACUGAGAAGCAGACUAAGUGUAAAGGAACAUGUAUUUGUCUUCCCCUUCAUUUCGGAAGGUGUACCUACGGCCUCACGCAAAGGAAAUAAAUAAUAAUCAUGAUUCGAGAAAUGAGAAAAGAGGAAGUCACAAUUGUGCUGGCAUUUUUUUUUUUUUUCUUUUGACGACUUUCGCUUGUUAGCUUUCGCUGUUGUUAGGAAGGAGCGAACGCUAGGAUGACAGCUAGCAAACCGGUAAUCCUCGCGCGAGCGCUUUCUCCGCUCACCAGGCGGCGCACCUGCGCGGCGUUAUAAGGUGCAAACGUCAGAGAAGCUCAGCGGGGGCGUUAUUAUUUUUUUUUUUUCGCUCGUUGUGUACACGAAGCAUAAUGCAUACUCGCUGCGGCGACGUGGAGCACGUCGAGCCGGACGAGACGCGAAAUAAGCAGAGGUGAUGAGGUGGGAGAGAGAGAGAGACGAGCAAGACAGAACCCCACUCAGAACGCUAGUCACUUUCCAUUUUCGCCGCCGUUUCUGUGAUGCCUCGAGGUUGAGGAGGAGGCAGACACGGCGUUUCGCCGCGGUACCCCGAGGAGGCACCUCGGGGGAUCGCGUCUCCGGGACAACCGCAAAGAGAGAUUUUGUGCAUAGGUCUUCGCUUCGUAUUGCAGUUGGAAAGAACAUACCCUACGCGGCGUGACCGUCUUGUCAUCACGUGUGUGUGUGCUUUUUUUUUUUUCUCCCUCUUCAACCUUCUUCAGCCUGCGCGUAAGCUAUAGGAUUAUUCGAAGCGGCGAACGUUUCCGAAUACACUAUGUGGGAUACUGCCGCUGGCAACGAGGUUGCGGGUUCGGUUGCCGGCGACGACGGCCGCACCUCAUGUGACAGGCGUGUGCUGAGCCCCGGAUGCACGUUCAAGCAUACCGCCGAGUUCUCUAAACUGAUUCUUGUCGACGACACGGCUAUACAGCCUCGCUCGUGGACCCUGUCAAGCCUUGGCACGUUAAAACCCGCCGAACAGGCGUUUCAACCACUAGGCAGAUUAGCUGCCUGUUUGUAAGGACAGGAACGUGGCGAGAGGUGUCUCGAACUCAAUAAGAAAAAAACAGUAACUUCGCUUUUCAACGAUAAUCUCUGACAACUUCCGAAAUUUUGCUCCGCCCGAGUAUGGUACUUUGUCUUUCAAGAAAAUUCGGGUCACUGAGAGUUGUCCAAAAUUAUUCUUUUCGGUACGGAAACCGUUUCUCGCUAACGAAGUUUUGUUAUUGAUAUAGGAGCGAAUCAGUCUUGCACGAAGUGUAACCUGUAAGGUUAGCAGGGGACUUGAGAUCCGGAGAAAGGCCAAUGUAUUUGGAAGACGACGCUCGCACCUCCAAACGCCAUGGCCCACAAACGUACCGAUGUUUUCAUCGACAGACAAGGCGAGCCGAAGCGAAGUCAAUGCACGAUCUCUUGAGCUGGAUUCUCUUAUUAUAUUAUUGCCCGUGCUUUAUUAUUAUUAUUAUCAUUAUUAGUUUCUUUCUCGCGCCUGUACAUGUGUGCUGUUGUUCAUGCCCUCAUCUUCGGGUGUUUCUGUUUGUCAGCAAUGACUUGUGUAAAUACACGCGACUAUGUUGUCUGCACAUCACCUAACUUAUAAGGCCAAAUGUUACGCAUUAAAGUGAGAACGUUACAAGCAAAA